AAACAUCAUCCAUCAACAAAAGUACAAGUAUAAUUCCAGUCGAUUUGAAUAUUAAGGUCAGUGUAGACGCAGCCCAAACUAGAUCUAGUGUACGUCUGUGUGUGUGUGCAGACCUCAAGAAAGAGUGUUUGAGAACGAUGUCCAAGAUAGCUAAACCAGGAGGUGGGGGUCAGCAAGAUCAGAAAAAGAUAUAUUUGGACUGGGCCAACCAUUACCUUCGCAAGUCUGGUCAGAGUGACGUGGUGCUCGCUGAUCUGAAGGACAUCUCCGAUGGCUACUAUCUACCUAGAAUCAUACAAGCCGUCGUGAGCAACAAAGUACCAGGUGUACAAGAUUCCACUGAAGACAAAGCUAAGAACAUCGAUGCUUGUGUCAAGUACAUGAAGGAGGUCGGUGUGAACUGCUCCACUUUCAAGGCAAACGAUAUAGCGGAGGGGAACAUGAAGUCCAUCCUCUCAAUGUUCUACAACCUCUCACAACUCAAGAAACCCGCUAAAACCAGUUCAACCAGUUCUGAGGCCCCUCCCACCAGCCGAAUAGCACGACCAGUGUCACCUGGCCUCAAGGUAUCCCAUGGAACCACUAACGCCGCCACGCCUCUCUCCAAGACCUCAUCCCUCCCAGCGGGCGUAACCAAUGGCAACACAUCGAGCCCUGCUAUUGGUCGGAGGACAGCGGGCAGUUCCAUCCUCACCACGACCACGUAUGACCGACCAUACAGUCAGCGCAGGGUGCCCUACAAGCAAGUGAUACUUGGGGAGGCCGGGGAGAAACCAGUCAUACUCGAGAAUGAAGAGGCAACAUCGCCGUCAGUAGAAACCAAGCCCGUUACCAAUGGUUACCACUCGUCUAGCGGAGAAUUCGAAGUGAAAACGGAGUCAAAAUCUGAUACAUGUACCAAAGAAUCGAAAUCUCAAAUAGAACAUUCGAAAUCAAAACUGUCGCGGCUUAGUAAACCUAAAGAGUCUAAAUUAGUGGCCCCUGGUUCGACCAAUCAGAUCAAGGAACAGCCGCAGGAAGGCAAGCAACAAGUUCGCUCCAAGACAUUACCUCAUCCGAGCAAGUUACAGGCAGUGGGCGUGGUUAAGAGGCCGGAGCAGGGGGGCGUGGCACACCAAGGGGGCUCAGCGGAGGAUAUAGUUCCCAGGCCACAGAGCAGACUCAAGUUCCCAGCGAGUGGUCGGUCUACCCCCAGUGGUGGUCGUAGCACACCCUCUGGUAGGGGUAGUGGUCUCGUGAGACCAUCCGGCAGUCGUCUCGAGAAGAUGGGCUCCGAGGAGCCAGUUAGAGAAGAGAGCAAGCUGAGACUCACUCGCAAUGGCAGUGAUGGUGCAACCAAGCGUCACAAGAUCUCUCCUAGUAUCACAAACGUCCCAGGAGUGGGUGUCAUAGAAGCAGGCACACACUCAUCACAUACGCCCACAAAAACUCGCUUGCCAACGCCCGAGAUGAACAGAAAACAACGAACGGAACUUGAUCUAUCCUCGAGCAGUGAACACACCACCACUGAGGGCAGGAGCUUGCCGGGUCUCAAGAAGCCAUCCGGUGGAUUGCGAAAACCAUCAGGUGGUUUUGGAUUCGGAGGGAAGCAGACCACGCCCACUAGUAACGAUGCCACACCUCCUAAUGACGGAACCGCACCCUCUGAAGGCGCUUCUGCUAAAAGAACGGCGACUGUUGAAAAGAAACCAUCAUUUUCUAAACUGAGUCGAUUUGGAGUGCAGAACAAACUUACACCCCCCACACACUCAUCACACCCCUCACACAUCACACACAUCACACAGGCGGCUGGAGGUAGCACCAGUAGUCUGGACAGCACUGAUAUCAAACUUGCCGUCUCGUCAAAACUUGAUUCCGAAACUUCAAAGGGAAAUUCGGAACCAGAAAAACCCGCUCAACUAGAAAUUCCAGAAUCUACGCAAAGUUCAACGCAGAGCUCGACCUCUGACCUUGUCAGCCCACCCCCGGGUACAGAAUUCAAACUGAUAACAAAUAACGAAACUAAAGACAGUCACCCUCGCUACGGUCGUCGUAUUAGCCCCGAGGGCAUGUCACAUGAAGAGGCCACAAGUCCGCACGAUAUCACCACCUCAACCAAAGAAACCAGCGAAGACUUGAACAGAAAAAAUAAAGAGAAAUCUGAUUCUGAACUAAUUGAAAAGACUGUUCAAGACGAUACAAAAAUGUCCAAUUCCAAAGCCUCCAAGAAACUUAGCUUGCCCGAAACUGGCCAAUCAGAAUCACUCGAAAGCCCACUAUUGGCGCAAAAACAAGGUCAAAGGUCAAUACCCUCUGUGAAACACUCUGUACCCCCCACAAAGAACGAGGACCGAGGCUUUACCCAAUCAGAGGUCAGAACUGGUCGUCAGGAGGAAAUGACCUCUAUAACCUCUAAGCAGCAACGUGCUCGUUCUCUUAGUCCCAAAUCUUCUCACAGAAUUAUUCAAAGUUCAAGAAUUGCUGUUAAUUUCGAUGGAUCUAAUUCAUCAGUUUUCGAUGCGAAUCGCAGCGGAAGUUCUGAAGACAUUCAACGGGUGAACGAGCGGAGUCCGCUGAAGAGCUCGUUAAGAGGGGGUGUGACCAGGGGUGUGGUCAACAAGCGUACCUCAUCGAGUAGUUCCGGUGAUAGUGCGUCCUCUUCACCAUCACGUCCAAAGGUCGUUAUAUCUCCACGCUCCUCACAGUUGGUGUACGAUCCCAGCGAGACGAGACUGAAUGGUUCCCAUGGCAAUCAUAUCACUAAGAUGUCACCUGACCGUCCAAUGUCAUUUGCUGACACACUCUCCAGCGCUUCAAGCGGCUCCUAUCACAGUCAGCAGCUGGCCCCCCUCACACGUCACACUUCAGUCCGCAGCACCCUCAGCGAGAGACUCGACUAUCAGGAGGAGGAGGAGUUCUUGCAGAGGGGGCUUCCCCCUAAGAAUGACAAGCCUAACUCCAACCCGGAGAUUGAGCUUAUAGGCACAUUUGAGACUCAGUUGAGCUCCAUGAAGGAAGACCUGGCCAGCAAGCAACAGAUGCUGUCCAUGUAUGAGACCUCAAUGGCAGACCUCAGCUCCAAGGUGCAUCAUCUCAAGAAAACACUCGACGAAAAGGACCGGGAGAUACGUCAGCUCACGGAUGAGAAGGACAGUGUGGUGAUGCAACCUCAUUGGUUCGAUCUAGAUGGACGGAGUCUCGCCAGUCGCGCUGCCUCUGUUAACGAGGUGUUGUCUGAUGGCUGUCUGUCAGACUCAGCCAUGGAUAGCGGAGUGAAGGGAGGAAAGAAGAAGAAGAAGAGUUGGAAGUUCUUCAAGAAGUCCAAAGGCAGCAAAGAUAAGGAUCAUCUCUCUCCCUCAAUGGACACAGAGUCCAUCAUGAGUGGUCGCUCCUCCUCCAGCAGGUUAGGGCUCCGGAGGACACUCUCUGCCAAGCGGAAGACACCUGAUCUGAUGAGCAUCUCCGAGUAUGUGGGACCACGAUAUAGAGACCCUGAUACCAAGUCCACGUACACAAUGGAUGCUCGCAGUGAGUACGCUAUGCCAUUACCCAUGAUCUGGGCAGACGAGGCCAUCACUGUCUACAUUGAUGAAAGUCCUGGUGCAAAGGUCAAAGUUUACCUACAACCCGAACUUGAUGAACCCAUUCCCGUUGUCAACGACAGUGGUUUCUAUGGUGGUGAUGGUCUCAGUCGUCAUAGCAGCAACAGCAGCGGUUUACAUAGGGACAGUUGCAGCAGUGACAUAGUAACAGAGGGCGGGCUCAUUCUGGGUACGCUCAGUGUGGCCCCCGAGACUAGCUGGGUUACCAUGGAUACCAAGAUCGGCAAUAUUUUCAUGCACCACCUCAAUGCUACGGACCAGGAAGGGUACCUCGGAAUAACAGAAGACUCUAUCUAUUGCUAUUUGAUGGGAGACCAACGUAGAGCUAUUGGAAAUGCACUUCUUCCUUUGAUGACCCCUUACCAGGCCAUCUCAGAGAGCAGCGAAGUCAGGAUACUAAUGAGAGGUUCAACGCAGGAGUCAUGUGACUCGUUGGCCUACAAGACGCUCAUGAAUACUGAAUCUUUACAAAGCUACAUGAACAUGCUCCAAGAUACGCACUGGUUGGUUGUCAUGGGAACAAAGGGAACUUGUAAAACCAGUUUGGCGACUGGUUUGGCACGUCACCUCUCGUUGUGUGUGGGUUGUGAUGGUGUGGAGGAGACAGAAAGAGUGGGCGGGGAGAUUGUGAGCUUCAACCUGGACAAGGACGGCAUGGAGAAUGCUCUCAAGUACAUCAAGAACGACCUGGUCAAGAGGACACAGCUGCCCCUCCCACCUCCCAUUCUCCUGUUGGAGGACAUAUACGAGUGUGCUCAGUUGGAACAGAUAUUUGUAGCAGCCACACCCCUUGCCCGGCGGCCCUACAUCAUUGCCACUCUGUGCUCUAGUGGGACCAGUAAGGGGAUUCCCCUACACCAGCUACUCUUCCAUCAUCAAAUAAGGGUGGUGACCUGCAACCCAUCGACUGAGCCUGUGGUAGGGAUACUAGCAAGAACACUGCGCAAACAAGUCUACCAACUGAAGGCCACCACCAGUGAGGUUGAGAGUGUGGCUGAACGACUAGUCAACUGGCUACCAUACCUUCACGAUCACCUCAAUCAGUUCAUCAACAAGUUCCACUCCAACAAUGUUAACCUGGGCCCCCGGGUGUUCAUGGGCUGCCCCCUCCAUCAGUCCGCUAACGAGUUGGAGGCGUGGUUUCUGAACCUAUGGAACUACUUCAUCAUCCCCUACCUCAUGGGCACCAUUAUGGCCGGAAUUGAGACGUACACUGCUGACCCGCACAUGAUAUGGACCGAUGUGAGGGAGUGGGUCAUCGAAAUGUAUCCAUGGCAACCAUCUAUGAACAUCAGCAAGCUACGCACACUCAACCCUGAAGACGUUGGCUGGAAUCACGCGGUGAGACCUCAACAGAACCGGCUCAUGAUACUCAAGGAUGAAGACACUCGCUCGCUACUGCACGCCUAACUCUCACUGAUUGGUCGCUGGUAGUUAUAUAUAUAUAGCUGCUACUGCACAGACCCACUCUCAAUGUAUGUACAGGUCGUGUGUGUGUGUGUGCACUUACUCUUUCACUGUUUGUAUUAAUUUUUGUAUUAUGUAUUUGCAAUGUACAUUACACCGAUAAAAAUGCUUUUAAUGGUGCAUGCAUUUUAUACAUGUGGUAUAUUGCCGUCCUUAUUAUUUUGCUGUUUCGACGUCACAAAGAUUUUAUAUAGCAAACAUUUCGCAUGAAAUAAGGUGAAAGAACAAA